AUGGUUUCGGCGCGUGUUCAGGACUCGUAUCAAGCCUGGCGCAAUUAUGUUGCGUUUUGGUGUUUUGGGCUGUUCAACAACUUCAAUUACGUUGUCAUGCUGAGUUCGGCCGUUGAUAUUUUGGGAAGGGGCACCGCGAAAGGCUCUGAUCGCGAUGCUGACUGGCAAGACUACUUUAAUUGCACAGGGGUAGGAACCGGUACCGUCCUUUUGGCCGAUAUCGGACCCAGUCUCUUGCUCAAACUUUUAGCUCCUUUUUUUAUUCAGCGAUUGCACUUUCAUCUUAAGGUCAGCCUCUCUGCAUUCUUCUCACUCUCUGCGUUUCUCAUCGUCUCUUGCUCCACCUCGAUCGCACUUAGCCUUUUUGUGCAACUUACUCUCCUUGUUUCAGGCGUCGUUUGUGCGAGUGUAUCCUGUGGUUUGGGUGAUGUCACCUUCCUUACUAUGGUCGCGUUCUUUGACACGUAA